UCUAAUAAUGGAUUUAAUUUGCUGGUAAUUUAACAAAAUAAAUUAUAUAUAUAUAAAAAAGUAAAAAGCACACAUCACCUUUAUUUGUUCCUUGAGAUAUUGCUCCCUCGCUGUUUCUAUGAUGGCAGUAGAAUCAGAAACUCAAGAGCUCUGUCUUCACGUCAAUGACGACGAUGCAGGGAAGUUGUCAACAGAAGAAAGAAGUCAUAACUACUCAUGGAUGUUAAAAGUGUCUCUCUACGUAACUCUCCUCUUAGCUGGAGAGACAAUAGCUACUCUCUUAGGUAGACUUUACUACGAAAAAGGUGGUAAAAGCAUAUGGCUAGAGACCUUGGUUCAGCUUGUUGGGUUUCCUUUAAACCUUCCUUGUUAUUAUUACAUAAAGCCUGAUUCUUCCAAGACAAGUAACAUAACCGAAAAACCUACUUCUUCCUUCUUGACACAGUCUUUAGUCUAUAUUGGACUUGGCUUGCUUGUUGCUGGACAAAGCGGUCUAUAUUCUCUUGGAUUACUCUACCUUCCUGUAUCAACUUUCUCUUUGAUCUCUGCAUCGCAAUUAGCGUUCAAUGCUGUCUUCUCUUACUUCCUAAACUCCCAAAAGAUCACACCCUUUAUACUCAAUUCAAUUUUUCUCUUGACCAUAUCUUCAACACUUCUUGUCAUCCAACCUGAUCCUGAAACUUCUUCUUCUUCUAAGUCCUUAGCCAAAUACAGUUAUGUGAUUGGAUACAUCUGCGCGAUUGGUAGCUCAGCUGGGUAUUCUCUGGUGAACUCUUUAACAGAUUACGCAUUCGAAAAGAUUCUAAAGGAACACACUUUCAAGGCGAUAUUAGAUAUGGACACAUACCCUUCUCUGGUAGCUACUUGCGCAGUUGUGGUUGGACUUUUUGGAAGUGGUGGGUGGAAAAUAUUGAAGACAGAUAUGGAAGAGUUUGAACUUGGGAAAAGCUCUUACUUCUUGAUAGCUUUCGGUUCGAUGAUGUCAUGGCAAGCCUUUUCGAUUGGUAGUUUGGGUUUGAUUCUUGAAGUUUCAUCGCUUUUCUCAAAUGUUAUAGGCACUCUUGGUUUACCUGUUGUUCCAGUUCUUGCUGUUGUGUUCUUCCGAGAUGAGAUGAGUGGGAUUAAGUUGAUUGCAAUGUUGUUGGCCAUAUGGGGAUUUGUUUCUUAUGUUUACCAGCAUUAUGUCGAUUAUCAAAAACCAGAAGAAGUAUUAUAUCAGGAGAAAGAGGAAGAAGAGAAAGAGCUCCUUGAAGUACAACAAGAUCAUAACAUUCGUAUCCAGGCUUAGACAAAGAUCCAGGAACCAAGCUGAAUGUAGUUUUGAACCGGUUUUAAUAAACUUUAAGAAGAAAAUGAUGUAUGAAGAGUUAAAUCAGAAGCAAACCUAAUAAUAUAUCUACUUGAAAGAAACAUUUUGAUUCUUGAAG